CCGACUACCAAAAAAUGCCUGUAGGGCCAUCCACUUCUGCAGCUUAUCUCCAAAAUUCAUCCCCAGCACCCAAUGGAUCCGCUGGGCGCACACCGUCAUUGGUGACCGUUCACCCGGCCGCGCUUUUCUCGAUACUUGACCACUACCUUCGGCGAACGGACUCGCAAGAUCGCGUCAUCGGUACGCUUCUUGGGACGCGUACGGACAAUGAGGUCGAAGUCCGGUCCUCAUUCGCUGUCCUACACAGCGAGACAUCGGAACAGGUCGCGGUAGAUAUGGAAUACCAUCAGACGAUGUAUGACCUGCACCGUAAGGUGCAUCCUAAGGAGACUAUCGUAGGAUGGUACUCAACUGGUGAAAACUUGAACACCUACUCUGCCUUGAUCCAAAAUUUCUAUUCCCAAGAGACCACGCCUCAUCAGGCGAUACACCUUGCCCUUCGAACAGGAAUCGAUAACGUAGCCGAAGGAGGUGCUGGCGUAAAAACCUACGUUAGCUCGCCUGUGGGUAUCUUCCCCAAGCCCGAGAACUGUGUGUUCGUGCCUGUCCCAUGCGAGCUUCGCUUUCAUGAGGCGGAGCGCAGUGGAUUGGACUUCCUUGCCAACACUGCGACACUCAACAACUCUCAGGCAUCGCUCCAAGGUACAUCUGAACUAGAUGUCUUGGAAAAGGCGCUGCGCGACGUUCAAGAUAUGCUGGAUCGCGUCCUUGCCUACGUUCAGCAGGUGUUGGCUGGCGAAAUCAAGGGCGAUCCCGCCAUUGGUCGGUACUUGAUGGAUACACUUUGCUCCAGUACCGAAGACUUGGACAAAGGCGGAUUCAACACCAGCUUACAGGAUACGCUCAUGCUCUCGUACCUCGCCAAUCUUGUUCGCUCACAAGCCGAGCUUUCCUCUCGGCUCGCGCUCACGACAGCACCGUAGUAAAUUAUGUAUGCAUACGCUACUGUAUAUUAGAGGGAUCAACUCUUUUGAGGGUGUAUCAGCUAUUAAAUAUGCG